CUGACAUGCAUCGUACCCAAAAAAGGAACGCGGUGUUUUAAAGUUUUUUUCUUUCUUUCUAUUUUUUAUUUUUCCUGUUUUGCAUCCUCAUUCUAUUUAUUUGUUAUUUUUACACAUUAUCAUUUUAUUAUUAUUAUUGUUAUAUAAUAUUUCUAUAUGGCUGAUCUUUUAAAAACCAAUCAAGAAGGACUUUCAUGGGCUGAUAUCGUAGAAGAAGACUUGGCUCAACAGUCAUCCUUACCUGAUAGUGAUAUAUUAGAAGAUGACGAUGACAAAGAGAAUUCUUCUCCUAAUCUACUUGAAAACACAUCCAGUACUUCUUUACCCUCAUCAUCGGUAAAAUCGUGGGCCAAUGUCGUUGGACAAGAUGAAACUAGUGGGGCAGUGAAGCAAGUUAUCCAAGACAGAUCAUCUACGCAAGAUUCAGAAACUACAUAUCAUCAUGACGAUUCGACGAAAAACCAAAUCGCACAAUGGCAUACGUACGCAAAGAACUUACAAGCAGAGGAAGCAGCUGAACGGGCGGCACAACGAGCGAAAAGGGAAGCUUUGACAUCCAACAAAACAGAACAAGAUCAUGUAGAACAAGAUGCCAGUAGUGAAAUCAAGGGACUUAGUGCGUCACGCUGGGCAAAUGCUCCUUCGACAUCUCCUCGCCAAUCCUACAACGAUCGAUAUGGUGACAACGAAAACAACAACAGACGUCGAUACAACGAAAAUGUUUUCAACUAUCCCAAGCACCGAGAUAGAGAAUAUGACAACAAUCGAUAUGAUAACAAUGAAAACAACAACAGACGUCGAUAUAAUGAUAAUGUUUUCAACUAUCCCAAGAAUCAUGACAGAGAAUACAAUAAUCGAUACGAUGACAACACUUACAACUCUUCUCGAAGUGGAGAUAAUGACUAUGGCAACAAUAGAUAUGAUAGUUACAAUCGGUAUGGCAACAAUAGUAGGUACAGAGACGAAGGUGGCAACAAUGAAGAUAAACGAUACAAUCGGUACGGUGAUCGGAUCAGAAACACUGGGUAUGGAGAUUACAAUAAUCGCAACAGAAAUGACAAUGAUCGAUUUGGUGACAAACAAUAUGAUGAUCGCGACAGAAACAACAGAUACAAUCGAUAUGGUCAACAGGACUAUAACUACAAUUCUUCCUCUGGACGAUAUGAUAGAAACAGGAAUUUUAGAAAUAAUGAUGAUGAUCGAACAUCUCGAAAAUGGGAACGCGGCCACCAUCUGGAUGAUCUUCCAAAUGAUGAUUUCUCUUCACCUCAAGACAAUGAUGAAUCUGCCACCGGAACAGCAAGAUCAAAAUGGGCAACUUCGACGUUGACUUCUAAAUGGGCAAAUAAUCCAGCAGCUGAUUUGAGCACAGUAACAACAGACGACACUAGCACUGAACAAACUUGGAAUGUGAAUUCAACAAACGACAUACAAAGCAGUGACAACAACAAAGACAACUCGUCCACGUCUUUCGUACCUUCAUCUACAUCUAAUGAAGACAACAAUGCUAUUGCUGAUACUACUAUUACCACAGCAGACGAUGAUAAUGAUAUUGAUUCUUCAAACUCUUGGAAUGCCGAACAGACCUGGACAGCAACAACGGAGACCUCGAACAUAGAAACAACGAUGGAUGGUUGGGGCUCGGAAUCGAUGGAACAAACAAUUGGAUGGGGCUCUGAUCAACAGGAACAACAAAACGAAGCAGCAUCGACCAAACAUAUUACGACAUGGAGAGAUGUUAUCCCAGUGACUGAUGAUGCAGAACCAGGACUCGCCAAUCAAGCUUGGAAACUUGCUGCCGCAGCCGCACCGCCACGAACUCGCCGCACAUCCGUUACUUCAUCCACAACACACAGCCACAGUGUACAUAGUUAUGAUAAACACACCGAAGAUAUAGCAGCGACAACAUCCGACUGGGUAACCAAUGACAACAUGGAUCAAACCUCUUUGGAAACCUCUGGAUGGGGAACAAGUGAAAACAAGAAUCAAGUUUCAAUGGAAUCAUCUGGAUGGGAAACAAAUGAAAACAAGAAUCAAGCGUCUUCAGAAACCACAGGAUGGGGAACUAGUGAAAACAAGAAUCAAGUUUCAACAGCAUCUUCUGGAUGGGAAACAAAUGAAAACAAGGAUCAAACCUCUUUAGAAACAACAGGAUGGGGAAUUAGUGAAAACAAGGAUCAAGUUUCAACAUCAUCUUCUGGAUGGGAAGCAAACGAUAACAAGGAUCAAAUGUCAAUGGAGUCUUCUGGAUGGGGAGUCGAUAAUAACAAGGGUGAAACUGCUUUGGAAACGCCAUCUUGGGGAUCGGAUGAAGCAAAGGAUCAGACAUCAGCGUCAUGGAAUUCUCAUCAUCAUCAGAAGGACGAGGAAAAGCAUAUGGAGGAGCCAAUGUCUACUCAACAACCAGCUGCUAACAACGAAGCUAACCCUUGGCAAAAAUUUGCAAUAGAAGAAGUUGCCCGACAACCACCAUCAAUAGCCAAUCUGACUAGUUCUUUGAAAACAAGACCAUCAACACAGGCUCCACACCAUUCAACAUCAUCAACAACAAGGAACAUUGAAAAUGAAUCUAAUGCCAUACAAAUACCUCAGCAAACAACAACUGAAGCAUUGGAAGAUGAUUCAUGGGAAACACUUCAACAUCAAAUGCAGCAAUCUUGGACUACUUGAUGAUUUUUUUUUUUUUUUUUGUGAUUCCCCACAUUAAUGUAUGCAUUAUUUUUAUUAUUAUUUUUAUUAUUAGUUUCUUUCUAUGUAGUACUCAAUUUUUUGUUAUCUAAAUUCUUAAAAUAAAAAAAAACUCUAUUUUUUGCGCCACGUUUUUUUUC